GGAGGGACAUUUGUUGCAAAGAGUCAUUGCCGUUUCAAAAUCUUAAAAAGUUAAAAACUUGUCCGAAAGAAAACAUACUCUCUCUCAUCCUUUCUCUCUCUACUGUAUCUUUUUAGGGGCAGAGAGAGAAGUGUAGAGAGAGAAAGCAAGGCCACCAUAGAAAAAGAAAGAAAAGAUUGCCAUUUGAGAAAUGAGUAAAGCGAAAACCAUCUUUGUCUUUCUUAGGGUUUUCUUCAAACUUAAAUAAAUAAAAUAACUAAAAUAAACACCCUUUAGACUUAAAUUCUUCAACUUCUUUGAACUUAAACUACAAAAAGAAGAAAGAAAGAAAGAAAGAAAAAAAAAAAAACCAAAUGCAGGUACCCAUUUGAGAGUCGAUUCCUAGGAUCCGAUUCCCUACUCCAAGAUCUCACCAUUUAUUCUUGUUCCCUUGUAUAAGCAGACAUUGGCUACUUGUUUCCCUAAGAAGUAUAUUUGCGCAUGUGAAGUUUUUGGCUCGAAAAUUUUGUAAAUAUUAUAGAGUGAAGAUGAAACCCGACAGGCUUCUUGAUUAUGCGGUGUUCCAAUUGUCACCGAAACGUUCGAGAUGUGAAUUGUUUGUUUCGAGCAACGGGAACUUGGAAAAGCUUGCUUCUGGAUUAGUAAAGCCUUUUGUUACUCAUUUAAAGGUGGCAGAAGAGCAGGUUGCACUGUCACUUCAAUCAAUUAAGCUUGAAGUUGAAAAGUGUAAAAAUGCCGAGACUUGGUUCACAAAAGGAACACUUGAGAGGUUUGUGCGAUUUGUUAGUACACCAGAGGUGUUGGAAUUGGUGAACACAGUGGAUGCAGAGAUGUCUCAGUUGGAAGCAGCUCGAAGAAUAUAUUCAGAGGGGGUGGGAGAUCAGCCUUCUGGCGCAUUAGGUGGAGAUGAUGCAGGAACAAUGGCAGCUGCUGAUGCAACAAAGAAGGAGCUUUUAAGAGCUAUUGAUGUGCGUCUUAUUGCAGUACAGCAGGACUUGGCAACAGCUUUCACUCGUUCAUCUGCAGCUGGUUUUAACCCUGACACUGUGUCUGAACUCCAACAAUUUGCAGAUCGGUUUGGUGCUCAUUGCUUGAAUGAGGCUUGUACCAAAUUCAUAUCAUUAUGCCAGAGAAGACCAGAACUGAUUGGCCCAUGUCAAUCAGGUAUUAAUGAUCAGGUGGUUCGAGCCUCGUGGGGAUCUGACAUGUCAAUCGAUGACCCCGAUGAAGACCAAAAUGGGUUCCAUGUUAAUAGUAGGCCCCACAAACCUUGCCAAAAUAUGCACCAAGAACAACAACUACAACCAACCACAAAGCAGACCCAGCACCAUAUAGACCAAUCAAAGCUAGCCACAUCUCAACAACCAAACCCUUCAAGUACUUCACAACAAAGUUCUCACGCUGAAAACAAGGAAGAAGAGAAGAAAGAGGAAGGGGUGACUGAGUCAUCACCUAGUCAAGUCAGUCAACCGACUAGGCGGCUUAGUGUACAGGAUAGAAUCAAUCUCUUCGAGAAUAAACAGAAGGAGAGCUCAAGUUCUGGAGGCAAACCCGUUGCUGUUGGCAAAUCUGUUGAACUGAGAAGACUUUCAUCUGAUGUAUCAGCUGCUCCUGCAGUUGCUGAAAAGGCGGUGUUAAGAAGAUGGAGUGGUGUGAGUGACAUGAGCAUUGACUUGGGUAAUGAGAAGAAGGAUGGUAACCCAGAUAAUAGCCCUUUGUGCACACCCUCCUCAUCUUCAGUGUCUCAAGGUAAAAACAAUGUGUUUCAAGGCUUAUCAGAUGAUACAGAACAAAAAGAUGAAAAGGGUUUGAGUGACAAGGUUAAUUCAGGUAAAGUGGAAUCCACGAGUGGUCCUAAUAAAGCAGCUGGUUCUGGGUUGAAAGAUCCAGGAGAACUGCACUUGCAGGUUGGUAAUCUUUUGGGGAAAGAAGAGGGUGUCGGGUUGAAGGGGUGGAUAAAUCAGAAGGAUCAACUGGGAUCACAGAACGGCCAAUAUCAGUCUUUUACAAGUAAGUCUGAGCAGGUCGAGCUGGAUGAUCAAGUUGCUUCUCAACAGAAGGUUAAGGGUUCCUUAACAGGAGAGAGGAGAGGUUUGGAGGUGCAGUCUCGAGUUUUUCCUGAUAAGGCUGUGUUUGUGGGUGUUAAAAACCAGCUCACUCAGUCACAGGUUGGAGUUUUUGCAGAUGAAGUGGGGGAGGCUACACCUGAGGGUGAAUUAAAGAAUAGAGUAGAGGCUCAAAACAAAGAACAAUCAGUAAGAAAAGUGCGCCUUAGGGCUCCAGGUCACUCCCGAACAUUAUCGGCGCAGUUUGAAGGUGGUAUUGGAUUAAAAACAAAGGAGGCUCAGUAUAAAAGCAGUGAAGGUGAUCAGUACACUACUCAGCCACAGCUGCAGUGGAGAUCUUUUACUGGGGAAGUUGAGGAAGUGGGAACAAAAGACAUAGCAUCAACUGAGAGGCAAAUAAGCAAAAUCGAGGGUUCUGGAGUGCCUAAAAUGAAGUUUAAGAAACAGGUUGCAGUAGGAUCUGAACAGAGCAAGAAGUCACAGGGUAGGAGGGAAGAAGGUGGUUCUGUUUAUGCAAAUAACAAGUCUGUUCCUGGUAAAAAGGUUCUUGAGAAUGAAGAGAGUUUAACUACCCCAAUGGCUUCAGUAGAUCAAACUCCAAGGAUAAGGCAGACUAGGGGAAACCAGGAGCUGAAUGAUGAGUUAAAAAUGAAGGCAAAUGAACUUGAAAAGCUUUUUGCAGAGCACAAACGUCGGGUUCCUGGUGAUCAAUUAAGUUCUGCAAGGAGAAGCAAGCCUGCUGAUGAGCAGAUUGAACAGGAAGGAAGCUCACAGUACAACAAGCCUGUGGCAGUAGAUGUAUCUCCUCUGCAGUUGCCUGACAAAAACUCAACAUCUGAAUCAGUGGGGAGCUUGAGUAAUAUUGCUAACUUUUGUACUCCUCCUACAAAGAUGGUCAAUAACCAGGACUGUGCUGAUAGUUUGAGGCAGGAUUUCUCUAGUAUCAGCUUUUCAGGUGACUCUAGAGGAAAAUUUUACGAAAAGUACAUGCAAAAGAGAGAUGCAAAGCUGAGGGAAGAAUGGAGUUCAAAAAGGGCUGAGAAGGAAGCCAAAUUGAAGGCUAUGCAAGAUAUCCUUGAGCAAAGUAGAACUGAGAUGAAGGCCAAGUUUUCUGGUGCUGUUGAUAGACGGGCUUCUAUAUCUAGUGCUCGUCGACAAGCAGAGAAAGGGAGGUCUUUCAAUUUACGGUUGCAGAGGGAGCAGCAUCCAAUAAGUUCAAUCCAGAGCGAAGAGGAUGAAGAUCUUCCUGAGUACUAUGGACAGGAUAGAUCGUAUAACGAGGCAUCUUUACUUGAUGGUUCUUCCAGGAGCUCCAACACUAAGAAGCUUUUGCCCAAUAGAAAUGCCUCUCUAUCCACUCCUCGCACCACAGCAGUCACAGUUCCACGCUCAGCAGCUAAAGUUUCUAAUCCCAGUUCUGGAAGGCGAAGAGCACAAUCUGAAAAUCCUCUUGCCCAGUCAGUUCCCAACUUUUCUGAUCUCACAAAAGAAAAUACAAAGCCCUCUUCUGGAGCUGGCAAGGUGACGAGCCAUUUCCAAGCGAGAAACUAUGCUCGUAGCAAGAGUAAUAAUGAAGAGAUUGCUCUUGGCAAGGAUGAACAGUCUCGACGGUCUCAGUCCCAUAGGAAAAGCUUCGCUGGUCCUGUAGAUGUUUCAGAUGUGCCAGCCUUGAACUCUGAUGACAUAGGUUUGGCACCUUUGAAAUUUGAUAAAGAGCAGAUGGGCCAGAGCUUCAAUGACAAAUCUCUGAAGAAUGAGGAAGCAAAGCCUUUCCUCUGGAAAGGUAAUGGUGUUGGUCCUGGUGCUGGAGUAAAUACUGCUAAGUUCAAAGCAUCAGAGACAUUUGCGACUCCAAAUGGCGAAGAAUCCGAUGAGCCAGAAUUUGAAGCAGAUGAUUCUAUGGAUAUGGCCAAUGAAGACGAAGAGGACGAGCUUGAAACUAUGGCUGUUGAUGAUUCUGCUGACAUGGAAAAUGGAAGAUCAAGACUGAGCCAGGAAUCAGAUAAAUUAGAUAAUUCGGGGUCAGAGAUUUGUGAUUCCUUGAGGUCUCCUUCUCAGGUUGACCCUGCAUCAGUUGCCGAACUGCCUGCUCCAAUGCUCACUACAUUCCAUACUGCAGUAUCCCUGCAGGAGUCACCAGGAGAAAGUCCCGUGUCCUGGAAUUCACGCAUGCACAAUACAUAUUCUUAUCCCCAGGAGACUUCAGAUAUUGAUGCCUCCAUGGAUUCCCCAGUUGGGAGCCCUGCAUCUUGGAAUUCUCACCCUCUUGCUCAAACAGGGAUGGAUGCUGCUCGAAUGAGAAAGAAAUGGGGAAGUGCUCAGAAACCAUUUCUUGUUGCUAAUGCAACCCAUAAUCAGCCACGUAGGGAUAUGACAAAAGGGAUCAAAAGGUUAUUGAAAUUUGGACGAAAAAGCCGUGGGACAGACAGUUUGGUGGACUGGAUAUCUGCUACAACUUCUGAGGGAGAUGAUGACACUGAGGAUGGCAGGGAUCCUGCAAGUCGUUCAUCCGAAGACUUGAGGAAGUCGAGAAUGGGAUUUCCGCAGGGCCACCCUUCUGAUGAUGGCUACAAUGAAAGUGAAUUGUUCAAUGAUCAGGUUCAAUCCUUACGUACUUCUAUUCCAGCAGCACCUGCGAACUUCAGAUUAAGGGAAGAUCAUAUGUCAGGAAGCUCCAUAAAAGCACCGCGAUCAUUCUUUUCACUCUCAUCAUUCCGAAGCAAGGGUAGCGACAACAAGCCUAGAUAAAAAAUCCCAUGUUGAAGAAACUCCAGGACAAUAAUUGUUGACUCAUCAUAAAGAGUAGGGUAAAAAGGAAUAUAUAUAUAUAUAUUAUAUAUAAUGUAAAAGAUACAGAUGCGACACGGUGAAGCAUAGAGGCCUUCUUCAUAAUUCUAGUAAGUUUUCUAUUGUUGUGUUGAGAUAUAUGUUGUAUAUUGGUAUCGCCUAUGGCAUAAAGUAAAUCAUUGUGAUUUUGGUAGUCCAGUCCAGAAUGGAGCCAGAGGCAUUCUUUUUUGUCCUUCUUUUUUAUUUUUUUUAUUUUGCUCUUGCCUUGUGAAUUGUGAUGUAUAUCACUUUGUUAAUCAAGAGUUAUUGACAAUGCGGAGUAAAA